AUGCUGACUUCUGAGGAGAAGGCUGCCGUCACUGGCUUCUGGGGCAAGGUGAAAGUGGAUGAAGUUGGUGCUGAGGCCCUGGGCAGGCUGCUGGUUGUCUACCCCUGGACUCAGAGGUUCUUUGAGCACUUUGGGGACUUGUCCUCUGCUGAUGCUAUUAUGCACAAUGAUAAGGUGGUAGCCCAUGGCAAGAGGGUGCUAGAUGCCUUUAGUGAUGGCCUGAAGCACCUCGACGACCUCAAGGGUGCCUUUGCUAAGCUGAGUGAGCUGCACUGUGAUAAGCUGCACGUGGAUCCUGAGAACUUCAGGCUCCUGGGCAACGUGCUGGUGGUUGUGCUGGCUCGCCACUUUGGCAAGGAUUUCACCCCGGUGCUGCAGGCUGACUUUCAGAAGGUGGUGACUGGUGUUGCCAAUGCCCUGGCCCACAGAUAUCACUAA